AUGUCUGCGGCGUUUGAAUUCUACUCUCACUCUACUCUCAACCAUCACAAUCCGAAUAUGUCAGCGACAUCUGGCAUUGGCCCCUCAGAAGAAUUGACUGCGGCAUUCGCACAAGCUGUCGAAUCCAAAUCCACCCGCUUCCUCAAAGUAUCCAUUCAAAAUGAAACACUGGUCCAUGAUACUUCAAUUCCCAUUUCUGCCUCAUUCCAGGAGGAUUUGAACAUUCUUCAAGAUGACUCAGUCCUCCCAGAGAAUAACCCUGCUUAUAUCCUAGCCAAAUUAGACGACUCCCCGGAUUGGGUCGCCAUCUUCUACAUGCUUUACGCUUCGACACGCUCCAGCCUUCUCAAAACCCUCGGUUCUGCUCUCUUUGUGGACACGAUCUUUGCAACGUCCAAAGCUGAUCUGACCCCCGAUGCCUACAUUGCUCAUCAGCAGCAUCUUGCAGCCCCCAAACCUCUCUCUGAUCGCGAGAAGGAGCUCUCCGAACUUCGUCUCGCUGAGAACGCUGCAGCAGACUAUGCGGGGAGUCGUGUGCGAGUUAACCACAUCGGCACUGGAGUCGGUUUGAACUGGUCUUCGGAAGCUGAGGAGGCCCUUGCAGAGUUGGCCCGAGAUGAAGGCUCUGGCAUCGUCAUACUGUCUAUUGAUACCCAAUCGGAGACUCUUAAGCUCCAUUCCGAAGACUCGAUUUCCGUAGCGGGUCUUCCUUCAGCUCUUCCGGCAUCCGAGCCCUGCUUCGCCUUCUUCGCAUGGGUACCCCCAGACUCGAGGCGUCAGAUCGUCUUUCUCUAUUCUUGUCCGUCAAACUCGGCGAUUAAGAACAGAAUGAUCUAUUCGUCUGCCUCCACUUCCACGUACCAAGCAUCAAAGACCAUCCUCUCUUCAUCAUCUCCGACCGUCACCCUGGCUUCCCGGAAGAUUGAAACAUCAGACCCUAAAGAACUUGAUGAAGCCUUCCUGAUCGCAGAAUUGGGUUUGGGGGAUUCCGCAGGCUCCGUGGCCCCGGCCAAUAGGCAGGCAUUUGCUCGGCCCAAGGGUCCUGGUCGAAGACGAUAA